AUGUUGCCUCUUUCUCUCCUUAAUGCUGCCCAAAACAAACCAAUGUUGGUCGAGCUCAAGAAUGGAGAAACUUUCAACGGGCAUUUAGUCAAUUGCGAUAACUUUAUGAACAUCACUUUACGAGAAGUCUACCAAACAAAUCCUGACGGAGAUAGGUUCUGGAAAUUGAAGGAAUGCUAUAUAAGAGGGAGUACGAUAAAGUAUCUUCGGAUACCGGAUACACUCUUGGACGCAGUGAAAGAAGAACAAAGCAGAGCGAGGGAAGCUGGUCGUAAUGCACGAGGGGGUGGUCCACAAAACAGAGGCGGACGAGGAAUGCCAGCACGCGGAGGACGUGGUGGACGUGGAGCUCCAAUGCGCGGCGGUAGAGGGAGAGGACGAGGGGCAUAA